AUGAGAUACAAAGAUGAUCACUCAUCAACCAAUUUUUGGUUUUCUCCAACACUUAGAUUAUAUAGGACAACACAAAAGGCAAUUGAGUGGGUAUUUAGAGCUCCAUUUGGUCCAUGGGUCAUGUCAUCUUAUGCCACUUAUCCCUUUGGACAUGAUGGAGAUGCUGGAGGUGAUAUAGAUACUGGAGAUACUAGAGAUGCUGGAGAGGUUGAUCCUGAUGCAAAGGUGGAUGUUUUCAGGAUAGGUGAAGCUGAGUGUCAAUACUUCGUGAAUGAAAUAAACCUUAUUCACUACAAUUCUGGACAGGAGCUGAAUGAUGGAAUUGAAGCUUUACUCAUGCAGGAAAAUGCACGGUUUGCAUGA